GACAACACGAAAACAUUGUGUUUUUUUCACAAUUUAAGCCUAAAUAUACUUGAUCUGUCUCUAAGUUUCUCACAGAUUGAAGAAAAUAGGAAUCUCUACUGAUCAAAGCUCAAUAAUUGUUACUUUAAGUUAUUGUUAAGCAUUAAUUUGUCUUAUGAAAUGUCGAAAGCGGAAUCUACUUCUCGAGGCGGCACCGAUGGCCUGAACGUAGAUUUUAUGCGUUCACUAGUCAAACAAUACUCUGAACUGGGUCUAUGGACUAGUGCGCUGUUCUGGGCGGAUGCAGCGGCGGCUGCCGGCAGCGGGAUGGGCACAGCGAGUGGAGAUGAUGUGUGGCUGCUUGCUAGUGCCAUGUUGGCCCGGGGGGAGUACCACCGGGCCGCUUAUGCUGUCACAUCUAGAGGCUUGCACAAACAACAUUUACUAUGCCUGGGCGUAGCAAUGCGCGCUCACCUAGCGGCACAGGAGGCCGCCACGGCGCUGGCGCUCUUCGAAGAGAGUGAUCCCGCGCUUUUGGAGCCCCGGACUGACCAGACACACAAUCGUGCGCUAGCCGGCGUGCUGGUGUCCCAAGCACGAGCUCUCUCCUCGCUCGAGCGGCGAGACGCAGCUUCCGCCGCUCUAUGCAGCGCGCUCCGAGCCGACUGCGCGUGCGUGGAGGCCCUCGCGCUGUUGCACCGGCAGACACCGCUCACACACAAGCAGGAGAUAGAGUUGCUGGACUCUCUACCCAUCAGUAGCCAGUUAGGUGCGGCAGAGGGUGCGCUGCUGCGGGCCGCGUAUCGGGAUCGGGUGUACCGGCAUUCUACGCCCCCGCAGGAUACAAAUGAUCCGGUAUCAUCGUCAACAGAGGUGGUCCGCGCGCGUACAGCCGAGGCGGCCGCGUCGCACGCGCGGCGCCUCGCCGCCUGCUGCGACUGGGCCGGGGCCCUAAAGGCCCUCGACGGAGUGGACCCGUGGUGCGCCGCCCCUGUGAGAGCAGCUUGCUUAGUGGAACUUAAGAAAAGUGCGGAGUUAUUUGCGUUUGCGCAUACAUUGGUGGAUGCGUAUCCGAAUUCUUGGACGUCAUGGUUCGCUGUGGGAUGCUACUAUUACUUGAUAGGCAAAAACGAGUUAGCGCGGCGAUACCUGAGCAAAGCGAAGAGCUUAGAACCCGGCGCGGGCUGCGCCUGGCUGGCGCAGGGACACAGCUUCGCGGCCGACAACGAGCACGACCAAGCCAUGGCCGCGUACUUCAAGGCUAGUCAACUAAUGGCAGGUAGCCAUCUGCCGCCGCUGUAUGUGGGCGUGGAGUGCGCUCUGUUGAACAACUUUACUAUGUGCGAGCGGUUUCUGUUACGCGCCGCUACGCUGCACUCUUGUACAGAGACGGGCGAGGAAGAAGGCUGGGACACCAUAGCUCGUAUUGUCAAAGAACCUCAUGUAGCUCACGAGGCGGGGGCCGCCGCUUUCGCCGCGGGACAACCUCGAGCGGCUAAAGAGCUGUGGCUGGCUGCGUUACAAGCUGCGCCUGAGAGCUCGAACCUGCACCCUCGCUGGGCGGCGACGCUGGACGCGCUGGGGCACUCGUGCCGCAAGCUGGGGCAGCUGGGGGAGGCGCUCGCGUGGCACGAGCGGGCGCUAGCGCUCCGCCCCGCGCGCGCCGCCACGAGCGCCGCGCGCGGCCUGUGCCUCGCCUUGUUAGGCCGGGAGCGGGACGCGGCCGACGCGCUGCACGCCGCGCUGGCUAAAGAUCCCGACGAUGUGGUGUCGCUGGCGCUGCUCGACGCCAUAGUGGACCGGCUGGACGCCGCGCUCACGGAGGAAGAAAUCCCAGCCUUUCCAUUCGGCCCCGUGGAGAUCUCGGUGCCGCCCACGCCGGUCACGCCAGCCACGCCGGCCACGCCAGCCACGCUGGCCACGCCGGCCACGCCGGCCACGCCGGGCGGCGGCACCGACCACUCCGACAUGAGCAUGAGCUUCGAGCUCAGCAUGAACGACUGA